UAAACGUCAGCCACAAUUUCCACGAGUGUAUAACUUUUUUGACCUAAGUUUUGUGAGAGAAAAUGAUCAGCUUGGUUGACAGAUGUGGCCUGUGGUGGUUCAUAGAGGACUUCACCUUAUUCCUGAAAUCUUUGUAGAAACGUAUAUAUGUUGGAAGUGUUGGACAGUAUGGCAGACUUUGUGACGAAAACAACAACAACAACGCCGGCUUAUGUUUGACAGUUAGCCAACCUGGAGAAAAACCACCGAUGGUUGUUUUUCACCUCUCCUUGAUAGAAUUGUGCCAUUCUCAUUAGAAGAGAAGGAGUCACCACAAGGUCACAAUGGCAAGAAUCCGUUGCCUCUGUCCAUAUUUCUGCUCUAUCAAAUUAUGGUGGGCUCAAACAUCUCUGCGAUGUUUAAUAUUCACCACUGCCGCAGUCUUAUUCUGUGUAGCACUGUCCAUGGCAGUUAUGGAAACCAUUCAUUCAUGGAGAAACAAAGAGAAUGAUCUCACUCACUGGAACCCAAAGUACCGCAGGAAACCUGCUACGAUUGAUGAGCCCACAGAUGUGAAGGACCCUAGCCUUCAUUAUGGCAUUGUCAUAGACUGUGGCUCCAGUGGAAGUAGAGUGUACAUUUACUUUUGGCCAACUCAUUCUGGAAAUCCAAAAGAUUUACUUGAUAUACAGCCAAUGAGAGAUGAAGAUGGAAAAUUGAUAAAUAAAAAAAUCCAACCAGGUUUGUCAGAAUAUGCUGACCGACCAAGCGAGGCCAGUAUUUACAUGAAACCCCUCUUAGAUUAUGCAUCUCAGUUUGUUCCGGAGAGCAAACAUAAAGAAACACCUUUAUAUAUCCUAGCAACAGCCGGAAUGAGACUCCUUUCGUUAAGUGAACAGAAUGGCAUCUUGGAGGAGCUUCGCCAGGACAUCCCUAGAGAGUACAGCUUCCUCGUGGCUGAAAAUCACUUUGAGGUGAUCACAGGCAAACAGGAAGGCGUGUACUCCUGGGUGGCCAUCAACUUUGUUCUGAACAAAUUUGUCCAUGGUGAAGAAGAGCACCCCCUGGUGGCUGUUCAUGUCCCUGGCGUGGGGUCCAACGGCCGACCGUCCCCACACAUCCGUAGGCGUACAGUUGGCAUGAUUGACAUGGGAGGAGCAUCUGUACAGAUUGCCUUUGAAGUGCCCAACACUGUAAGAUACGAAACAACAAAGGAGAAAGAAAUCUCCAAAAAUCUGUUGGCGGAAUUUAAUCUUGGUUGUCGGCAAUCUGAUCUUGAUCACACCUACCGAGUUUACGUCACUACAUUCCUGGGUUAUGGUGCUAAUGAGGCCAGAGAGAGAUAUGAGAUGAUGCUGAUUAAACCACACCUAUCCAAGUCCCAUAACUCCACAUCUAUAGGUAGAAGUAAAGAGCUCCCCCUGCUUGACCCCUGUCUUCCUGUCAACAUGAUUCAGCAGUCAGAUGAUCCUGUGGAUGAUGUGACCUUGUACUUUAAGGGCACUGGGGAUUUCCUCGCCUGCCGUGCUGCCGUCAUGCCAUUGCUGAACUUGACCGUCCCUUGUCAGAAGUUCAUGUGCUCCAUGAAUGGAGUCUUUCAGCCCGACAUUAACUUCCACAACAGCGAGUUUUUUGGGUUUUCCGAAUUUUGGUACACCACAGAGGAUGUGUUCCGCAUGGCGGGUCCAUACAACAGUGACAAGUUUGUGGGAGCAGCUAAGAACUACUGCAAUACAGAGUGGUCCACCUUGAUGGACUGGUAUGAGAGGAAACUGUACCCAAAAGCUGAUCAGCAACGCUUCAGACUGCAAUGUUUUAAAUCUGCUUGGAUACAUGCAGUACUGCAUGAUGGUUUCAAAUUUCCAACGACAUACACAAAUUUCCGCUCUGCUCAACUGGUAAAUGGCAAAGAUGUCCAGUGGACGCUUGGAGCUCUGAUCUACAGAACAAGAUUUAUACCACUCAGGGAAAUAGAGAAACACGAGGCAUCAGUAGAGGCUGUCCCAGUGAAGAGGUCAUCUGUGUUUUACCCGAAUACGUGAUUGUGUUCUGCUUUUGUGUUGUCUUUAUGGCCAUCAUUCUCUAUGUACGUCGUCUUAAUCUGUGCCCCAGCAAGAGAGCGGCCAUGAGUCGUGUCCCUUCCAUGACCUACUUCAUGACGGAGAUUGACCAAUCACAGCCUGGU